GGUCACUACUUUGCGGGGAGGAGGGAACCUGGAGAAGGCGUGAGCAAUGAGUAUGUGGUAAGAGUUCAAGGUGAAGAGGAUGAGCCAGAAACGAGUGCAUAAAACUCUAGUUCUGCCUUUGGGAGACAAGGAGACCAGAACUCCGGGCUCUUUCAACUGGCUUCCAACAAUCUAACAGGGUCACCCUGUAAUCUAAUCUGCUCCCCAGUUUUUCUGGUUCUUGGAGAGUGCUUCUUGGUAACCAGAUUUAACCAUGGCUGGGUGGAGCUGCCUUGUGACGGGUGCAGGAGGGUUUCUGGGUCAGAGGAUCGUUCGCUUGUUGGUGGAGGAGAAGGAGCUGCAGGAGAUCCGGGCACUGGACAAAGUUUUCAAACCAGAACUGCGGGAGGAAUUUUCUAAGCUCCAGAGCAAGACCAAGGUGAUCAUGGUGGAAGGAGACAUUCUGGAUGAGCAGUGCCUGAAGAGAGCCUGCCAGGGCAUCUCAGUUGUCAUUCACACCGCCUCUGUCAUUGACGUCAUGAAUAUCCUUCACCGAGAGACCAUGAUGAAUGUCAAUCUGAAGGGUACCCAGCUCCUGUUGGAAGCCUGUGCCCAGGCUAGUGUGCCGAUCUUCAUCUAUACCAGCACCAUAGAGGUGGCUGGGCCCAACUCCUACAGGGAGAUCAUCCAGAAUGGCCACGAAGAAGAGCAUCGUGAAUCGACAUGGUCUACUCCUUACCCCCACAGCAAAAAGCUUGCAGAGAAGGCGGUGUUAGCUGCUAAUGGGUGGGCUCUUAAAAACGGUGGCACCUUGCACACUUGUGCCUUAAGGCCCAUGUAUAUUUAUGGGGAAGGAAGCAUAUUCCUUUAUAACUUUAUAUACGAGGCCCUGAGGAACAAUCACAUCCUGACGCAUAAUGCCAAGUUCUCUGUAGUCAACCCCGUCUAUGUUGGCAAUGUAGCCUGGGCUCACAUUCUGGCCUUGAGGGCCCUACGGGAUGCCAAGAAGGCCCCAAGUGUCCGAGGACAGUUCUAUUAUAUCUCAGAUGACACACCUCACCAAAGCUAUGAUGACCUCAAUUACACUUUGAGCAAGGAAUGGGGCUUCUCCCUUGAUUCCAGAAGGAGUCUUCCUGUGUUUCUGACGUACUGGCUUGCCUUCCUGCUGGAAAUAGUGAGCUUCUUGCUCAGCCCAAUUUACACAUAUCAACCCUCCUUCAACCGCCACACAGUGACAUUGUUGAAUAGUGUAUUUACCUUCUCCUAUAAGAAAGCUCAGCGGGAUCUGGGGUAUAAGCCACUCUUCAGCUGGGAGGAAGCCAAGCAGAAAACCACGGAGUGGAUUGGCUCCCUGGUGAAACAGCACAAAGAGACCCUAAAAACAAAGACUCACUGAUCUGGGGGUGACAAGGACGUAGAUGCAGGUGUUGUUGGGAGACGUCUAUCAAGCUGUCCCCCUCUGGCUUCCUACAGAAAGAAACAAGGCCACAAGCCCAGGUCCCACUGUCUCCAUUUUAUAAGAUGGCCGCCUUACUAUUUUCCUCCUACCACCGGAAACCUUCCCAGUCCCUGGCCCAGUCGAAAGUUUUCUGUCCUGCCCACACACCAGGGGACAGACAAGGAGACUUGCUGCAGCUGCUAGGAUGAAAACCUCCACUGCCAGCUCUGAGCUAUUCAGGCCUCUUUCAUGUGGAGUUCUGCCUCUUAGUUCCAUUUCCUUUGUUACAUGCAAAGCAUUUCUUAUGUUUUACAAAUUCUUAUUCCUACACACAGCUCAGUGAAAAGAGUAAUAAAUGUUUUAAUGCCUGAUCUGGAGGACACUGUGGUGGACGUGAAUACAUACCUUCCUCCUUCCCCCGCCAUUUCUAGGGAUCAUUAUAUCCUAUUUAGAAAAGCAGCAUGGAACAGAGGUAGGCAGAAGUGGGUGUGGAGGGGCGCCUGGGUGGCACAGCGGUUAAGCCUCUGCCUUCGGCUCAGGGCGUGAUCCCAGCGUUGU